CGAUCGCAAAACAGCCACUUCCAAAGCCUCACUCAGCUCGCCAUCACAUCCUCUCUCUUCCUCUCUCUCUCUCUCUCUCUCUCCCCCAAAAUACCCCCGUCUCUCCAACACAACCUUUCCCCAAAAUAAACAAACCUCACUCCACCGACCCCCCAACCUCCGCCCCAGGAACCAACCAAACCAACCAAACCAACAAGAACCAACCAAACAUCCCGCCCAAAAAAUGUCCUCGUCCUACACCCCAGCCCAAGUCUCCGAGCACGCGAGUGUGGAGAAGGGCCUGUGGAUUAUCAUCGACAACGACGUGUUUCAGAUGGACCAGUUCGUGGACGAGCACCCCGGUGGAGCGAAGAUUCUGAAGCGUGUGGGGGGCAAGGAUGCGAGUAAGCAGUUUUGGAAGUAUCACAACGAGCACGUGUUGAAGAAGUACUCGCCCAAGCUGAAGAUCGGAUCGGUCAAGGAGGGCGCGAAGCUGUAAGAAAGACGAAGAAGAGGAAGAAGAAUACAUGGAAGAGAUAAUUAGAGCAGCGAGAGAUACGCGUUUUGAACACAUAUACAUACACACACACACACACCCCAUACACACGCAGUAGUAUCUUACAACAGUACGGACGUCACAAUUUAGUAAUGCAUCUGGCACAGUCUGGCUGAAUGAGUGAGAGCCUCAAAGUGUAUUUGAGUAGUGUGUAAACAUAAUUGUCGUAGAGCUAGAGCUAGCUAUGGAGUGCCUGCGACAACGC